UCAACAAGACUGGCUUCAGAGCAUGCGUGAAAGAGUUAUUUGUGAACCAGCAUGAUCCUCUCUCAGUUUCAUAUGCAGUUAUGCCAGAUGUGUGUGAGCCGGGUUGGAGUUUCUACAAUGGCUCCUGUUACUACACCAGUGACACGUGCAAGACGUGGUCCAGCGCCAGCACAAUCUGCAGAAGCAUGGGUGCUAACUUACCCGCUAUCGAAAGUCAAGAAGAGAAUGUCUACCUUCAACACAGACACAAUGGUGAAAAGGCCUGGAUUGGUUUGAAUGACAUUGCCACAGAGGGAUUGUUUACCUGGGUGGAUGGGUGUCCUGAUAAAUUUCGCUACUGGGCAGAGAGUCAACCAAAUGACUUUAAGGGGGAGGACUGCGUUCAUUCUCUUGGUCCCAGGUACGGAUACAUGUGGAAUGACGUGGAUUGUUCUGCCUGCCACCAAUACACAUGUAAAAAAGAUUAUGAUGAAUGUACAAGCAACCCAUGUUUAAAUGGUGGUACAUGUGUAAAUGGAAAAAGAAAGUUUAGCUGCAUUUGUCCAGUAACACACAAGGGAAAAUUCUGUGAAGAGUUCGAUGAAUGUUCCAGCAGCCCUUGUCAAAAUGGAGGCACUUGUACUGACAGAGUCAAUAAUUUCACCUGUUCCUGUCCAUCACCAUUUUUUGGACAUAGGUGUCAAGAAACCGAUGAAUGUAAUUCCAGCCCAUGCCGAAAUGGUGGAACAUGUGUAGAUGGUUUAUACAGCUUUACCUGUGUGUGUUCUGGUUAUUAUGCGGGACUACGAUGUGAAGUUUCACCUGCCUUAUCCUGUGAUAGUCAUUAUGCAGCGGGAAUGAAUUCAAGUGGAACCUACUACUUAAGUGUGUCGGGGAAUACUUUUCAAGUUUAUUGUGACAUGACGUCUAACAAUGGCGGUUGGACUCUCAUCUCACGUUUCUCGAAUGCUGAUGGUACGAACUGGAUGCAAUACAGCGGGGACUGGUGGUACGGCCGCGCAUCUUCUUACGGUAGUGUUACCAGCACGUCAGACAACUACGACAUGAUAUCACCUGCAUUUUGGCGGGUCACAGGCAAUUACAUCAAAAUUACUCGGAGCGAUGACAGCUCUAACACAGCCCUGUUACAAACUAGCGCCUGCAUUGGAGGAAGAACCUUCAGAGAUUUCAUAACAAGUUACGGUUACUUCAGGUAUGGUAAUGUCUGGAACAGCAAUGGGUGUCGUGGAACCUGUUACAUCUCCAGUUAUGGUGGUAACUAUUCAUCUACAAUGGGCUUCAGUCGAGCUCACUGCAGCAGCAAUCUUCAAAGUAACCGUUACUUAGGAUUUUGGUGUGACUGGAGUUCUGGUGAUGGAGCUGUGAUGAUGAUCGGUGGAGGAGGAGAUAGCUGUGAUAGGGCAGAUCAUGGGAUUGGUAUCACAGAGGCUAAUCAAGCCCGGUUUGGCACAGGGAACUGCGAUGGAGACUUUGGUGAGAGCUGCAGUUACCCCAGCAGCUACUCUCUCAAUUUUUGGGUUAAAUAGCCAGAUCGCUUUGUCCUUCUGCGUUUGUAUCAGAACACAAUCACGAGUCUUUUAGAAGUAACAUGCACUGAGGAGCUUUUGAACUAACAUUGUUUUGUGAUUAAACCCAAACUCGGCCUAAAAAGUCAUCACGAUCGUGCGGAACAUGAAACUCGUCAAAAAAAUGACGCUUUGCAAAGUAUCAGUGAUAUAUUGUCUUAUAAUAUAGAAUCUCUUUUUUGUUUUAAGCAUUUGAUGAUAAAUAUACUAGAGAUUGAGAAGGAAAGCAUAUACGACACCAAAAUGGGCUGAAUAAACGUUUAAAUGCAUUGUAACCUGUCUAUUACUCGAGGUGCUGGGGGUGAGAAAGAGGAACCACAAAAUAACCUUGAAAUUCGAGAUCUUGCUCGCAACUCUUGCUUUUACUGAUUGUGCGCUAACAGUAAUAAAUUCUUUUCCCCCUCA